AUGGGAGACAUAGCAGAGCAAGACCAACACCAGUAUGUUAUCACAAUCAAAGAUGUGAAGGGCAUGCAAGAGAAAAUCAAGGAAAUUCCCAAACUCCUCAACCUAACAGCCGGAAAAGAAUCAUGUUGCAUUUUCAGAGUCCCUCAAACGCUAGUCGACAUCAACAAUAAGGCCUACCACCCACAAAUACUUUCAAUCGGCCCAUACCACCACGGGGAACCACACCUCAACAUGAUCGAAGAGCACAAGUGGAAAUACCUCGGCGAACUCCUCGAUCGAACCCCUCCUCAUGUAAACGGCCUUAAUCUCUAUGAGUACAUAGACCUCAUCGCACCGUUGGAAACAAGAAUCCGACAUUGUUACUCAGAAUUCAUCGAUUUGAGUAGCUUUGACCUCAUAAAGAUGAUGGUACUCGACGGGUUAUUCAUCAAUGAGCUUAUAUCAAAAAAUAAAGGAGUGGCACAUAGUGAUCCUGACGAUCCUAUAUUCAGAAGGGCUUGGAUUUUGGCUUUCCUCAAGAGAGAUCUUCUCCGGUUGGAAAAUCAGAUUCCGUUUUUCGUGCUUCAAACUUUGUUUGAUAACACGAGAGUUACGAGGUCUGGUGAUGACGAUCAAACACUAGCGAAACUGAUUUUAGGGUUUUUUGAUAACAUGGUACUAGAAAGGCCUGAUGAGGUUUUAGAGAGGUUUGUAAAUCAUGAAGGGAAACAUCUACUUGAUUUCUUUCGAUUGAGUUUUAUCCCUCCUCCAUCUCAACCGGUCAUUGCUUCAAAUGGUUUUAGAGAGGUACUAGAAAGGUUUGCAAAUCAUAAAGGGAAAAACGACAUUCCAAACUCAAAGCGAAAAGGGAAAAAUGACCAUCCAUCGCUUCAAUUGAUCCCAUCAUUGAAAAAACUCAAAGCGGCUGGAAUCAAGUUCAAGGCUAAAAAGGGCGACACGUUCUCCUUCUUGGAAAUCAGAUUUCGCUACGGGGUACUGGAAAUUCCACAUAUAUGUAUAGACGAUUCCAUCACCUGCUUCUUCCUAAACUCUGUUGCAUUCGAGCAGGGUUACAACAACUACUGCUCGAUGGACAUGACCGCUUACACGAGCUUCAUGGGGUGCCUCAUCAAAAACCCCAGCGACGCGGGGUUCUUGGGUGACCAAGAAAUCAUCGAGAAUUAUUCUGGGACAGACGAAGAGCUGGCUAAUUUCUUCAAUGAUUUGCGGAAAGAUGUGGUUUUUGACAUCGACGAUAAUUAUCUGUCCAAGGUGUUCGAGGAUGUGAAUGAGUAUCAGAGGAAUGGUUGGCAUGUGCAUUGGGCUGGAUUCAAGAACACUUAUUUCAACACCCCAUGGUCUAUUAUUUCAGCCUUGGCUGCUUUGACACUUCUGCUCCUGACCAUGAUCCAGGCUUUCUUUGCCGUUUAUCCAUAUGCGGGAGGAAAGAGUGCUGGGUGACGCUUAUAAAUCACCUUCUCUCUCUCUCUCUCUCUCUCUCUCUCUCUCUCUCUCUCUCUCUCUCGUUUUGUCUCCCCCUUUUUCUCCUCCUGCUCUCUUUUCUCCACAUUCCCUAAUCCAGCGCUCCUCUUUCUCCCUUAUACUCACCGCCAUUUCUGUAAUUUUCAUCCAUCGUUACCGGGGGUUAUUUUAUUGGCGCCAGUUGCACUGUUGGGUGCUUCCUGGUCUUGGGCCUAACGGCAAUGUUUUGAUUUGGGUUGCUGGUGGUGGUCGGUUUGGCAGCGGAAUUACUGGUUGCUGGUGCUGUGUCUUCAGUUUCUCCAUGUCUCCGACGAUUGGUUGCCGUCGAUGAAUAUCAA